AUGCCCAUCUCUUCUGAUCAAUCAACCCAAGAAACUUCAUCGCCAAGAUUGUUAGGUAUGAGAAAGUUGUUGACAUCCCAAACUCGAGUGACCAUCCUUGACGAGCUCCUUCCAUUAUCGAUUGAGAUAGCAAAGAGGAACUUGAUCGGGAUCUACAAUUUCACAAACCCGGAUGUGGUGAGCCCCAACGAGAUCUUGGAGAUGUACAGAGAGUACAAUGAGGAACAAGCUAAAGUGAUUGUGGCUCCGAGGAGUAACAACGACCUUGAUGCGGCUAAGUUAAAGACUGAGUUCCCUAAGAUGUUGUCUAUCCAAGAAUCUCUGAUCAAGUUCGUGUUUGAGCCGAACAAGAAGACCGAAGUUAAAGUUUAA